GCACAGUGCGCGGCGGGCGGCGGCGCCGGUGGGUCACGUUACGCAGCGCUCCCAGUCGCGUCACGGUAGCCGUCACGGGUAACAUCACCAUACCUCUGCGCCGCUCUCGGCACGUGCCGAUUACAUCUGUCCCCGGAGAUCCACUGGAGGCCGAGUCGGGUCCCAGGCAGCCUUGCGAGGCCGUCAGUCCAGUACCGGCGCCGCCCCAGAGCCGCUGACGGUCGCCGGACCUCCGCUGGUGACGGCACGUGCAGUCCUUUAGCCGACCGCGGCCGGGCGCUGAAACCAGUCGCACACGACGUCGGAACUCGCCCGUCCGUCCGCGCGUCUCUUCGAGCCCGCUCGGCGCUGUGACUGACGCGUGACACACUGUGACGCUUUGUGACACGGUGACGCACUGUGACGAGGUGUGACAGAGUAUCCAGUAUGGCGGAGACUCCUCUCCGAGUAGCCGUCUGCGCCGUGACCGCCCUGCUGCUGCUCGGAUGGUGCGCUCACGCUGUCGGCCCGGCUGCAGACUGCAGUCAGUUCACCAGUUGCCGAGACUGCGCAGACAGCAGCGCCACCUGCGCCUGGUGCAGUGACGCUAGUUCAGCCGACCGCCGCUGCGUGUCGCUGUUAACGCCGCUCGGCCCCGGCGCCAGCUGUUCGUCGUGUGAGGAGGACCGGGUGCGGGUCGCGCGUGAGGUGGACACAUGCGAUGACUCCCGGUGCCGGGGCGUCGACGGCAGACUGUGCUCCGGCCACGGCACGUGCGACUGCGGCACGUGCACGUGCGAGACGGGCUACACGGGCCGCGUGUGCCAGAACUGCCCGUUCAAGUGGGACGACUGUCCGGGCAGCGACGAAGCCUUCAGCAACUGCUGUAGUAACAACAUGAACCACUGCUUCGACUGGCCCUCCCGCUGCGCUCGCUGCAUGCGUAACGAGCGUAACGUCACGUUAUGUGACAUGUGUCCGCGUGACACGCGUCUGGUCACCUCGGACCCGGGCGAGCCCCGCUCGGCAGAGUGCGUGUUCGACUCUGUAUCGUUCUCCUCCAACCUGCACUGCUCGUACCACGUCUACUACUGGCACGGCGAUCCUCCGGCGCUGGAACUUCACUCUCGCGUACAGCUAGUGUGCGGAUCAGCCGCCGACAAGACCAUCUUCCCCAAACGGAAGGAGAACGCGCGGCCGGCGGCUCCCAAGGCGGUGCCGACCCCUCUCCCUGCGACCACAGAGAUUCCUUCCAAAGCGCCGCAGCCGGCCCGGCCCCGAGCGCCGCCGGUCAAACCCAGAGAGGAGGCAGCAGCGGGCACCACAGAGCGACCGGACGAAACGGCUAAACAGGCGGCCGGAGCACCGGUGGUGCUCUGUCAGAUGACGGUGCUCCUGUGCUCUGGGUGGGUGCUCGCAGGGCUGAGAUAGGUGCGACCAGCGUCCCUGAAGUACCCGUAGAGGCAUCGGGUCAGCGCUAGUGUAGAAAUGUCGUCAGGAUGAAUCAUUCCGGUUUGAUGGCGAGCAAGUAGUGCGCAAGCCAAAACGCUGUAGAUCGUGGAUCAUUUCAACAGUGUAAGGAGCGGGAAAUUUGUGCGCCACGGUGCACCCUGUCCGCCCCAUUCCUCCGUCCUCGUGGCACGUGUCAGCCCACGUGUGGCGCACCUCGCACUCGCGGACCACGUACCCACGUGCCUCGUGCUCCGGGCCGAAUAUUGGUUAACUGUGUGCCUUCAGAGUUGCCUUACGGUCUUUGUGGGGUGACCCAUCCAGAGGACCUGUUGUGUAGCUACGGGUGGGGCAUAAGGCUGUGCGAGAGGGAUUUUGUGGUACUGAAUGCCGGGUCACACCCGACCAGCUUGUGUUUUAUCGUAAGCAAGCUGAGUGGGACUGUUGUGUUUUAUUGUAACGAGGUGUCAGAUUGCGCCGGAGUGUCAGGCAGAAUGUGCCUUCAGUGGUGUUUAUUCCGCAGGCGAACCAGCACAUGAAUUAUUAUUUAGUAUCCAGUAGAAAAUGGGCCAAGUCCGAGUGUGGAUGAGACAAUCACUGAAUAACGAAGGUGGAUCCUGUGGUCCUCCAUGCAUCGCAUGUACAGUCCAUAGCAGAAGUAAUGUGGGGUUUCAGUCAUGGGUAUGUUCUGCUUCUGAAGCUUAGGAACGAUUAGCCAGACUACAAUGAAACUUUGAAUGUAGCUUAUAUGUAUCGUCACCCUUGCAGCUGCAACUUUAGCUAUUGACAUCUUCUUUUCAAUCACUUCGCAUUAAACAAUCGCCAGUCAAAGCCAACCGUUGAGUUUGGUAAAACCCUACAUUACUUUAGCGGUGGGCUGUACCAUGCGACCGGCGCCCCACGGACUGAUGAUCCAGUGGUCUUCAUUGCGCCUUCUGCAGCAGGUCCAGCAUCGCCUGACAUGUGACAGCGGUGCACCAUUUGUGAGAGGCUACCGAUUCGGUGCACACUGCACAGUGCACAUUGUAUAACGGUGGUUUGGGACUUGCCGACUUGUUAGCGGCCGUGGUUACGGACUCAUAGUGAUGCCUUAUGCGGUACAUUAUUAGAGUACCUACACUAUAUUUAUAGAUGCAAGUCGCAGGCACCCAUAUUGCUGCAACGGUCGGGUGCCACCAAUUCCAAGUCCGUAAGAACGCACUAUUCAUCUUCUCUGAUGGAGAGAGGUGACGUAGAGAUGUGUCGACGUCGAGGCGUACAUUCGUUUUCGGAAUCUCUGUGCAGUUGGGCACGGAAUACGGAUGCACUGUUUCCAUGUGAAAAAGCGGCAAUAAAUACACCAAGUGUAGCUCA